AUGUCUAACUUAUUGAACAAAUUUUCUGAAAAAAUCUCUGGCCAUGAACACAAUGAAAAUGAUAAUGACCAACGUGGUACUCGUCAGAGUAAUCAAAAGCAACAAGGCUCUUUAAACAAUAGGUCUGGUAACCGUAACGAGCUAAAUGAUGAUUAUAACACUUCUGCCGGUGGUUUUGGAAACCAAGGUUACGCUGGUCGUAACUCUGGCAGAACCCAACAAGAUUCUAACUAUACCGGCAAUGCUAUGAAUGAUGCUGAUGAGGCUGACGAUGAUGACCAGUUUGGUCAAUAUGGCGUUAGUUCCAGUCGUCAAACCAGAUCUCAAACUACCUCUCACCAAAAAACAGGACCAUAUGACAUGGAUGAGGAUGACAGUGAUUUGACUGGCACUACUCAAGAUGCUUACAACAGUGCACCUGCCCAAAGAGGUAUUGGCAAGGGACAUCAAUAUAUGAGCGAUAACAUGUGA